GUAGGCUCCCGCCCCGCUCCGCCAUCAUGAAGUCCUGAACAAAAAGCGAAUGAGACAGGAAAAGAAAAACAGGGACGGACCUGUCGAUGACAGAAAGAGGCAAACUGAACGCAUGACACCGACGGCAUGACAAAAAAUGAUGAAAAUACGCGCGGCAGAGGCGGAAUAUCGGACUGUAAUUUAAAGUGCUCGUCCGUUGUGUUUGACAAUCAGCUGAUUGAGUCCGUUAACGGUUAACAGCAGUAUUAUCCAUUUUAAUACAUAUGAUCGGACUGAUUACCGGCCGCUGAUCGCGAUCAUUACGUUAGAAAUCGAUGGAUCGCUAUUCAAAUCCAUCGCUUUUUGUGAAGUGAGAACGGAGAAGAAGAGGCCAGAUUUUCCUCUGCAGGCCGGGAGCUAGCUGACUCAAGCUAGCUACAGUGGAUCCCAUAAACCACGGCGCUGGCCAUGCCGUCGAGUGCGCGGGCUGGGAGUCUCAAGGACCCGGAGGUGGCGGAACUUUUUUACAAGGAGGAUCCUGAGAAACUCUUCACAGACCUGCGUGAGAUCGGCCAUGGCAGCUUUGGAGCCGUCUACUUUGCCCAUGACAUCCGCACCAAUGAGGUGGUGGCCAUCAAGAAAAUGUCCUACAGUGGCAAGCAAUCUAAUGAGAAAUGGCAGGAUAUCAUCAAAGAGGUGAAGUUCCUUCAAAAGCUGCGGCACCCCAACACGGUGGAGUAUAGAGGCUGCUACCUGCGCGAACACACAGCAUGGCUGGUGAUGGAAUACUGUUUGGGCUCUGCCUCGGAUCUGCUGGAAGUGCACAAGAAACCACUACAGGAAGUGGAGAUAGCAGCAAUUACUCAUGGUGCAUUGCAGGGCUUGGUAUACCUUCACUCGCACAACAUGAUUCACAGGGAUGUGAAAGCAGGUAACAUUUUACUGACAGAGCCUGGCCAGGUCAAACUGGGAGACUUUGGCUCUGCCUCCAUUGUUGCACCUGCCAACUCCUUUGUGGGCACACCUUACUGGAUGGCUCCAGAGGUAAUCCUCGCUAUGGAUGAAGGGCAGUAUGACGGGAAGGUUGACGUGUGGUCACUCGGCAUUACCUGCAUAGAGCUUGCAGAGAGAAAGCCUCCCUUGUUUAACAUGAAUGCUAUGAGUGCCUUAUACCACAUCGCCCAGAACGAGAGCCCAGUCCUGCAGUCCAAUCACUGGUCGGAUUAUUUCCGUAACUUUGUAGACUCUUGUCUGCAGAAGAUUGCCCAGGACAGACCUACCUCUGAUGUGCUGCUUAAACAUCACUUCCUGUGCCGUGAGCGUCCAGUGACAGUGGUGAUGGAUCUGAUAGCACGCACUAAAGAUGCCGUGAGGGAGUUAGAUAACCUGCAAUACCGAAAGAUGAAGAAGAUCCUCUUUCAGGAAACGCAUAAUGGGCCUGCCACCGAGGGGACAGAGGAGGAAGAGGAUGUAGAGCAGUAUAUGCUGCGGACGGGCACGGUGAACAGCAUGGAGAGCUCCCAUUCGUUGCCGUCUAUGUCGAUAAGUGCCAGCUCCCAGAGUUCUUCAGUGAACAGCCUUGCAGAUGGUUCAGAUGACAGCGGAGAGAUGGCUAUGAUGCAGGAGGGUGAACAUACAGUGACCUCCAACAGCUCAGUGCUGCACAAACCUCUGAACCAUGAUAACAUCUAUGACGACCCGUACCAGCCAGAGGUGGACUCCCAGCAGCAGGGCCCCUCUGGUGGUCGCCGACGUCGAGGACGGGACCACUUCGCCACAAUCCGCACAGCCUCAUUGGUGACCCGUCAGAUCCAGGAGCACGAACAGGGCUCAGCGCUGAGAGAGCAGAUGUCCGGAUACAAACGCAUGAGGAGACAGCAUCAGAAACAGCUGAUGGCUCUGGAGAACAAGCUGAAGGCCGAGAUGGACGAACAUCAGCUUAGGCUUGACAAAGAACUGGAGACGCAGAGAAACAACUUCGGCAGUGAAGCAGACAAGCUUGGCAAGAAGCACCAGGCCAUCCUGGAGAAAGAGGAGCAACCUACCAUCUCUGCCUUGCACACCUUCUGGGUGAUGCCAAAAACAGAUGUGACCAUACAAAGAGAGAUAACUAAGGGUGCUCUUACAGAAGAGAAGAAGUUUCAGCAGCAUAUCUUGGGCCAGCAGAAGAAGGAGUUGACUAGCUUGCUUGAGUCUCAGAAACGCCAGUACAGGCAGCGAAAAGAGCAACUUAAAGAGGAGCUCAAUGAGAACCAGUCCACGCCAAAGCGAGAGAAGCAGGAGUGGCUAGUUCAGCAGAAGGAGUGUCUCCAGCAACACCAGGCAGAGGAAGAGGCUGGGUUACUACGCAGACAGAGGCAAUAUUAUGAGUUGCAGUGUCGCCAGUACAAGAGGAAGAUGCUGCUAUCCCGCCACAACCUGGAGCAAGACCUGCUCAGAGAGGACCUGAACAAGAAACAGACUUUGAAGGACCUAGAGUGCGCCAUGUUGCUUCGCCAUCACGAGUCGACUCAGGAGCUGGAGUUCCGGCAGCUGGGUCUGGUGCAGCGCACACGGGCCGACCUGAUCCGGACGCAGCACCAGACCGAGCUCACCAACCAGAUGGAGUACAAUAAACGCCGUGAACAAGAGCUUCGGCAAAAGCACGCCGUUGAAGUCCGCCAGCAGCCCAAGAGCCUGAGAGUGAGUGACUGUGACAUCACUGAGAGUACAGAAGGGGAGGGGCCUCUCGGCGAGGGGGAGGAUAAUGUUGAAAGGGAGGGGCUUGAAGGUGAAGGGGUGGAGCCAAAGGAACAGCUAGAGGAUGAAGGGAAGAGAGAUGGAGAAAAGAUAGAUGGGGAUGAGAGGCAGCCAGUAGGUGCUGUUGAAGACACAGCUGAGCAAGAUGAGAGGGAAAUAAAACUUCUUAAAGGAAAUGACACUGAAGAGACAUUUACUGACCAAUGUGAAACAAUAGACAGUGAAGGAAAAGUGGAAGAUGCGACAACGGCUGACAGUGCCAACGAAAGUGCAAAAGAACAAACCGAAAUCCCGUUAGAUGAACAGCAAUAUGUUGAGGGCAAAAUUGACACUGAUCCCAGACAAGUAGAAGGGCUUCCAUGGGAUGACGCUAGCGAUUCAGAGAGUGAGGAAGAGGAUAGAGGUGUGGCUGACGGCUGUCCGUCAGAGCUAAUGCUCGCCCCUUCUUUUGAGCGCCGCCCUCUAGAGCGUGACGCAGACGAACUCUCUGAGUUCUACUUUCCGGAUACGUUAGAGGAGCUGGAGCCUCCUCCCGUCUACACGCCUCCCUCUUCCCAACCUACCCUUCCAUCGAUCUUUUCUCACGCAAUCUGCCUCGUUCUUUCGCUCUCGGCAGCCAUGCAGCCAUCUGUCUUCACCCUCCUUUUCCUUUCUGUCUUCCUGCUUUCCUUGCGCCGCUCGCCUCCUCUUCCAUCGCUCGCUUCUAUCCUUCUCUCUGGUGAGCUUGCCUUCCUGGCGCUCUUCUUUUCCUACCUAUUCCUGCGUUCCUGCUGCUCUCUCUCAUUUUCCACAUACCUUUCACUAACAUAUUGGGGCUCAGGCCUGUUCAGUCUGGGUUUAUCUUUAAGCUUAGGGCUUUAUUACGUCCCCAUAGCCUUGAUCUCUGCGUCCUUUCUUAGCUCGCCCUCACUUUUCCUGUCCCUUUACCUUGUGGUGGUCCUGGUCGUCCGGCCGGCCAGGGUCUUCCUCCAAAACACCCCACGCAAACUCAAUCGCCUCUGGAUGCGAGUUCUUUUUCGACUGCCAAAGCCACUUUUCACUGUGUGCCAGUCUCUUCUGGGUGGCCUGACCGAGCGCAGCCUCUACGACAUGUUCCCAAAAGCCGGACGCAACUGGGGUGGGAGACAGUCCCGAAUCCCUGUGCCUUUAAAUAGCCUCCUUGCACAAUAUGAGGCCAAAAGCAAGCACUCUGUUCUGUUCGCACGGUUCCUGCUUUUGGGACGUCGGUUUGUCCGGCGACCUCUCGGCACUCUGACAGACCUGGCUAACUCCGUGGUGUUGCGCUUAGCCAAGCGUGUGCUGAAGGAACUGCCGCAGAAUUACCUGAAACGGCUGCAGGCCUUCGGGUUGCUGCGAAGGGAGAGACCCAGCAAGUUGCCGAUUCUUCUGCCUAGAGCCUUGAGGGAACAGAGGCGAAGGAUGAGGGAGAGGCGAGAGAAGGAGAGGAGGAGAAGGGAAGAGAGAGAGAGGAUGUACAGGGAAGAGGGGAGGUGGGAGAGUGUGUUGAGGAGAACCGCCUCAGGGAGGAGUUUGAGAGGAAAGAUAGUGCCUUGGAGAUAGAUUGAGAUGGAAGAAGGCAGGUAUGUGAAUGUGCACUUGCCAUUUAUCCAUCAUUGUUCGUUUUUCUUUCUGAACUUAUGGCUGAUUUAUUUUAGUCCCUUUGCUCACAUGCACUCCUUUUUGUGCCUGAUUUUACAGGGUAGUACUCGGUUAAAGGAUUAGUUCACUUCAGAAUUAAAAUUUCCUGAUUUGCUCACCCCCAUGUCAUCCAAGAUGUUUGUCUUUCGUUCUUCAGUCGAAAAUAAAUUAUGUAUUUUGAGGACAACGUUCCAGGAUUUUUCUCCAUAUAGCGGACUUUAACAGCUACCAACGGGUUGAAGGUCCAAAUGUCAGUUUCAGUGCAGCUUCAAACGGCUCUACAUGAUCCCAGACGAGGAAUAAGGGUCUUAUCUAGAGAAACAAUCAGUAAUUUUCUAAAAAAAUUAAAAAAUAACACAUGUAUAUGUGUGUAUCUAUGUGUGUGUGUGUGCAUAUGUACUUUUUAACCACAAAUGCUCGUCUUGCACUAGCGCUGCAUCACAUAUUACGUAGUCACGUUGGAAAGGUCACGCAUGAUGUAGGAGGAAAUACCACGGUACGGCAAAAAACUUGUCCGACAUCAUUGUUUUACCUUUCUUUGUAAAGGCCGUUUGACCUAGUCUUUCCAUGUUCGCUUUGUAAACACUGGAUCAGUACUUCAGCCUACGUCACGCAUGACCUUUCCAACGUGAUUACGUAAUGUGUGGCGUAUUGCAGAGCAGUGGUUAAUUUGUGGUUUAAAAAGUAUAUAAUUUUUUUUUUUUUUUAAGAAAAUGACCAUUUGUUUUGCUAGAUAACACCCUUAUUCCUUGGCUGGGAUCGUGUAGAGCCCUUUGAAGCUGCACUGAAAUGGCAAUUUGGACCGUUGAAGUCCACUAUAUGGAGAAAAAUCCUGGAAUGUUUUCCUCAAAAACCUUAAUUUCUUUUCGACUAAAGAAAGAAAGACAUAAACAGCUUCGAUGACAUGGGGAUGAGUAAAUUAUCAGGAAAUUUUCAUUCUGAAGUGAACUAAUCCUUUAAAGAGAAAGUUGAGUCAAAAAUUAAAAUUCUGUAAUUUACUCACCCUCUUGUCGUUCUGAAGACUUUUGUUAAACUAUGAAACACAAAUUAAGAUUUUUUAAUGAAACCAGGGGUUUCUGUAUUUCAUUUGAAAGUCCAGGUAACCAAAACUUCCAAAUCCAAAAAGGUUAUAAAGGCAUCAUAAAAUGUAUUACCUUUCAGUGGAGGGAGGGAAAGUCUUUUGGGUUUGGAACAACAUGAGGGUGAGUAAAUGAUGACAGAAUUUUAAUUUUGGGUGAAGUAUCCAUUUUAGAAUAACAUAUUUUUACAACUCGCCCAUUCACAGUCAGUUGCCAGUGAAUGGAAAGCUUUAGUCGAUUUAUUGUGCUUUUUGUAAAAGUUUCUGGGUUUUAUUUUUUAUUUUAUUUUUUACUCUGAGUUAUUUUAUUCUCAAAUAGCAAGAGCUAUAUGUGUUGUGUUGAUUGUUGAAGCCAUAUCUGUGCAAUCUUGAUUUAGUUUUUAUUUUGUCUUGAUUUCAACAUUGAAAUUGUAUUAUAUUGCAAAACCAAAAUGGCUCUUUGUGAAAAUGACCAUAGGCCUUUCAAUUAAGCCAUGCAUGUUAAAUGCUAAAUUUACUGUUUCUACUGUGAAAGUGGAUAAUUAUACAGUGCUUUACACUAUAAAUCUCCCAAAAACACAACACUACAAGAUUAUUCUUCCAAAAGUGCAAUAGAAGUUUAUCAGAUAAAGCACCAAUGAUUUGUCUUACUUUUCAAAGAAGUCCUGGGUGUACAAAAAGUUUUGUAUUGAAAUAGUAAAACAUUGGAAACUAGGCUGCGUAUUGUUGCAAAAUCAGUGUUUUGUAUCAUUUUAAAAGCUUGAGAACAACUAAAAGCAGCUAAAAUAUUAUUAAAGUCCUCUCACUGGAAGUUUCAGAGGCAGGGCCUCAUGAAUAGCAAUCAUAUGCCACAUGAUCUGGGGGUUUUCCACCAUCAGAUGAAUGAGCAAUCCUAAAUGCUGUUAGUUCAGUCCUGCCACUUUAGCAGUGAACUUUAUUGAAUGUUAAUGUUAAUUUAAACAUUAAUCUUUCAACUUUAAGUGAAAUAUUUACUCUGCAAUAUGAGUGAUCUAUUAUAAAUUCAGUAUAUGAGAUAUGCAAUUUUAUUUAGAGGAAAACAUUAAACAGUAUCCUGCUGUUUUCCUGUUGUAUUACUAAAGAUGUGAGUGGUUGAUGUGCUUUUUUGGCACAUAGAAGUUCAUAUACUUGAUAUAGUUUAGCACCCAAAACAAUUUUACUCAACAGUAUAUGAGGAAAUGUGUUUGUAGACUGUUGAAUUUGGGAACAUGUAUACUGAGUAGAAUAUAUAUAUAUAUUGUUAUUGCACUAGAGGCAAUGAUCUGAUAAUAUUUACCAUGUAAACAAGUGUUUUGGACAUAUCCUUAUGAAGAGAGAGGUCUAGCCUGUUUAGAUGAAGCAUUUAUGCAAGACUUUCAUAGGUUAGCCCUAGUUUUUCAAUGUUUGCAUGGCACUGUUAUUUUAUAUUUAUUAGUACUCUAUUACUGCAUAUCAAAGACUAUAUAAUAAGAAGCCAUUUUGACAAUCAUCUUAAUGUAAGGCUUGACAAGAAGAAUGCAAAUUGACAACCAAAGAUUAAAACAGAGUCAUGACAUAAGAAAUGAAGAGGUGGAUGUUUGGAUUGAUAAAAAUUGCUUGCACUGCUCACAAACGCUCUGUUAAAAACUCUACAAAGACUAAAAGGUCUUCAUAGAAAUCUUAACUUUUCAAAGGGACCAUUUGUGAACUACAGCGGAAAUGAGACACAAGUAAUGAGGAAAUGCUAUAUACACAUUUUAAGAAAAUUCAGUUUCUUGGAAAAAAGAAUGCAUUUCAGUUUUAGCCAUAUUUGUUCCAGUUAUUGAAAAUUUACAAUUUUACUUUUGUGUUCCUUUAAUUUUGUCCUGUUACUUAUUGUUUACAUAUGCUAUGCUCCCUUUUUUUUUUUUUUUUUUUUUAAUACUAAAUCACAAAUUCUGUCUUAAUUAUUAUUUGAAUGUUUGUGUUUUGUGUUGCAUUGCACCGUCUGUUUCAAGGCCAUUGUGUGUGCAUUUCAUCCUCAUUUUGUGUGUUUGUGCAUGAAUGGAUGUUUACUUUGUUCAAACAAAGAUUUCUGUUAUAUGUUUCUGAAAUAAAUUCUUUAUUAUAA